CGGACAGCGCCAUGCCGCUUCCAAGAUGGCGGCCCAUCAUCCACCCUCAACUCGAGCGCGGGAAGGACGGCGCCGCCUCAGCGCUGCGGGAUAAAGUGCUUCUUCAUCACCUGAACUGCCUUCUGAAUCAGGACCUACCCCAGAGAGAACCUUGGAAGAAACACACUGCAGGGGACUGAAGGAAACCCUCAUGACUGCUCCGCACUCAUUCCUCAAUAGCACACCCUGAUCACGUCUCCGUGCGAGCACAUUGCACUGGGAUUGCUGAGCAGAAGCAGCAAGGAGCUGAUGGCGAUGCGUUUCCAGCGCGGGCUGCCAGAGCCCUCUGUUUGCCAUUGGCUGCUGUUUUCUGGUUUAUUUGCAGCUUCCCCCAUCUGGAAUAUGAAAAUUGGAUUGGAGUAGGUAAUUGCUAGCAGCGGGUUUUUGAGAGAGGCUUUGUGGGAGUGGAAUGCCUCUUGCACAGCACUGCCUGCGCUGAAAGAGCUCUGAUUUUAGAUGUUAGCCACGUCUGAAUCUCUGGGAAACUUUACCGUGGGAGCACUGCGCACAAUCCUGGAGCUGACAGCCAAAGAGGCACGGAGGGGGCAGACAAUGGGAUGCCCUGUCCUUGGGUUGCUCCAAGAACAGACACCCGGAGCUCCCCUUGGCUGCCCUGCAAAACAAGCGUGAAGGUGACCAUGGACUGAAUCAUACCCAACGGAGAUCCCACAGCUGUUAAGGAUGGGAUACACAGACCCCUCGUCGGGCAGGGAUUUGCUGGGAAACAGAACUUUGUUCUUCAUCUUCAUCUGCGCCUUCGCUGUGGUCACCCUGCUGCAGCAGAUCCUCUACGGGAGGAACUAUCUCAAAAGAGGGCUGCAGUUUAGCUGGCAGAAUGGAGAGGAAUUGGCCAAUUGGACCGGCACCUUUAAUUUCACGGAUGACGGAGCAGUGAAGAGUGGCAGUGACACAGGCACCAGGUAUUUCGAGUUUUAUGAAGGGCCACUGGAAUACAACUCCACCAAAUGCCUGGAAUUGCGACAGGACAUCAUUGCAGUGAAAGUUUUGUCUAUGGUGAAACAAACCGAAUUAUUUGACAGGUGGAAGAGCCUACAGAUGUGUAAAUGGGAGAUGAAUGUCACAGAAGCCAACAUAUUCAAAUCUUCACUGUCAAGGUGUUGCAAUGCCCCUGCCUUCUUGUUCACCACUCAGAAAAACACUCCCUUGGGAACUAAGCUGAAGUACGAAGUGGAUACUAGUGGAAUCUUCCACAUCAACCAAGAAAUCUUCAAAAUGUUUCCAAAGGACAUGCCAUACCACCGCUCCCAGUUCAAGAAGUGUGCAGUGGUUGGGAAUGGGGGGAUCCUGAAGAACAGCAGAUGUGGCCGAGAGAUCGACAGUGCAGACUUUGUGUUUCGAUGCAAUUUGCCUCCCAUAUCUGAGAAGUACUUAAUGGAUGUUGGGGUGAAGACGGACGUCGUGACUGUCAAUCCUAGCAUCAUUACUGAGAGGUUUCAUAAGCUGGAGAAGUGGAGGAAGCCUUUCUACAACGUGCUCCAGGUUUAUGAGAAUGCCUCCGUGCUGCUGCCGGCCUUCUAUAACACCCGCAACACGGACGUCUCCAUCAGGGUCAAGUAUGUCCUGGAUGACUUUGAGUCUCAGCAAGCUGUGUACUACUUUCACCCCCAGUAUCUCAUCAACGUCUCGCGCUACUGGCUGGGCCAAGGGGUGCGGGCCAAGCGGAUCAGCACGGGACUCAUCCUGGUGACUGCUGCCCUGGAGCUCUGCGAAGAGGUCCACCUCUUUGGCUUCUGGGCCUUCCCCAUGAACCCCUCAGGGAUUUUUAUAACUCACCACUACUAUGACAACGUGAAGCCUCGCCCUGGUUUUCAUGCGAUGCCCUCGGAAAUCUUCAACUUUCUGCACAUGCACAGCAAGGGGAUCCUGCGGGUUCACACGGGAACCUGCGGCUGCUGUUGACAAGGGCACUUCUUCCUCUGGUGCAAAAGUGCAUCAGGAACUCGAUGCCCGUGUACAUCCUGAGAUUAUGCAAUAGUUGUUUGGUAUAAAUUUCCUUGAGGCAUUCAUCCCAUAGGAUCUAUGUGACCAGCAUCCUUCCUGCUAGCAGAGUUGGGUCCAUAGCAGUGUGGGUGAAGAAAAACUCCUCUGUCCUGGGAUGUGCACUGCCCUGGGAAGCAGGUUGGAUGAGAAGCACAUCUCCAGUAGAUUUAGAGAUAUACAGAGCACAUAAAGAUAACUGUAAUUUCACCAUGGAGUAGAUCACCAAGCUUUUAAGGAGAAUUGGGGAUGGAGAGUCUCAGCACAGACUGCACGACUUUACAUAGGCUUCUGAGUUGAGUGCUGCGGGGCACUGUCAGAUUUUACUGAAAGCACUCUUCUUGGCAUUUGGGUUUUUGAAAAUACUCUUUGCUUUGUAGUUUUAAGGGUAACUGUACAACUUGAAGUCAUCGUUAUGUAAUGUCACAAAGUAUUGGUGAAAAAUAUCACACAGAUAGGUGUGAUAGGAAUAAACAAGGUCAUCUUACGAAACCUUUCAGCUGGGAUAGAAGAGAAUGUUCAAUUCCCACUUGCAGAUACAAGUCACUGUGCUAACCAUGUUGUAUGGUUGCUCUAGAGCUUCUUUCUUCUUCCUUCAUAUCAUGCCUGGUCUUCUCUGCUGAUAAGAGUUUCUUUCCCAUUGCGGUCUUUCCUUUUUUGCUAAUACAUGUGUAGUGUCUGUGCUUUCUCCUACAGUGACCAUCUCAGCUUCAGCUUGGAGACCUUCCCACUUCUUUAAGCUUUCCGUGAACUGAAUAUUGAGAAGGCUACCCUAGUUGUAUUUUCUGAGUUGAUUUUUGAUUCAAUUAUUGCAGCAUUAGAUGGAAAAGGAAUUUCUCCUCAGUUUAAUGACUUUGUAGGAGUAUUCGAGUGUUGAUCCACUAUUGUACAGGUUGAUUUAAAUAUUUUCAGAUGUCUGUGAUAGACACGUACAGGAAAUGAAGUUAAAAGAUAGUGAAGAUAUGAAUGGCUUGAAUUACAAUGUCUGAAUGUGGCAUUCAUUUGUGUUGAGAAUGUUACUAGAACAGUAAAAGGGCUGAUUUAUUCUUUGAAAUGUUACCAGUGUAACUUAGUCAUGCCAAGCUUGGUUUUCCACCUACCUUGGCAAAAUCCUGGUGGAGGACAGAUGCCACAUGCUGCCAGAAUUUAUUUUGACUGCUGAACCAUGGUGCAGAUGUAUGCCCUCUCAUACUGUAUGAUUGCAUGCACAGGAGGGUGAGGUUUGCUGUCCAACUGUGCCGGCAUGGUUAAGAUGAACAGAGUUUCCUCAAGUGUGUUAUCAGUGCUAUCACUUGCUCUGUUGUGCAGUGCUUUGUCUUGUCCUUUUUCAGGUUGUAGAGAUUUGGAAUUUGAAGUGCUUGUCCCCUCUGAGGGUUAUGUUCAAAUCAGAAUUGGAUUUUGAUUUUGUAAUGCGUGAGCACACAAAGCUAUUUUAAAGCCUCUCUGCUGUGCUGACAGCUCUGAAAGUUGCAUUUGAAAUGGUGUAAAGGAAGUGAAGCACAGCAGUUGCCAUUCCAGAAGUCCCUGCUGACCAUACAGCAGUGACAUGGGAUGGCGUGCAGGAAUCUGAAUUUCUUUUGCACUCUGUUAACUGUCAGAGCUUGGUAAAUACCAGCCAGGGGUAGGCAAAGGACCUGUGCUUCAGCUUUGUGUGUUUGUCUUGUGCUUUUGGUCCUAGAGCUGUGUGUUGGUGAACUGUAUCACAGUGCACCCAGAAUGAACCUAUAGGUGAAGUGCUUCCCUUGAUUUAAUAAGCAAAAGAGAUUUUUGUCCUGGCUGUGUUUUGUAAAUUGAUGUGCAAAGGGCUUUGAUAAUGAAAUGCUGUAACAGAAGUGCUACGUAGAGAGCAACAUGACCCGUGGGCUGGGCAUCUUGCUGUGCGUUGAGCUUUAUCAUAAUGAAGCCAUCACCUAUGGACCUCAUUUCUGCCUGAGCGAGGGUCUGAUGGUGACUUGGUUUGCUUUGCUGCUGCUGCUUUGCUGGGGAUAUGCUCUUUGGUAAGAGUUUUUAUUCACUGUAUUGAUUGAAGUGAACAAAAGGAGUCUGAUCUAUUGCAAGAGGUACUUCAGAAUGAUGGGAAGGCAUUUGAGAAGCUUCAGUGUUUUGGAAAGAAAUGGAGCAAAUCCCACUGUUUGGUUACAAAAUUUCUUCUGGACUUUUUGGUCAGGCUAAAGGAUAAGUAAAGCUGUAAUUACAGUAACCUCUAAUUGCAGGAACACAGACAUUUUCUUCCCUUUGUUUGCUUCUUAUAAAUUAGCAAUGUAAAUUCACCAAGGCUACACUGUAUAAGUGCAGUUUUACUGUGUUUAGAUUUUGAUGGAUUACAGAUCUAUAGCUACUAUAUUUUUUUAAUGAUUUUAAAAUGCAUGUACAGGGUACUUGCACAUAUGCACCAAAGGCCCAGUCCUGCAACUUUCAUCUGGAAAGAACUCCCAUUCCAGCUGAUAGGUAUUUUAUUUGUACAGGUACUGCAGAAACAAACCCAGCGGUCUGUGUGGAGGUGUACAUAGGGUUUACAUAUUGGCGAUGUUUAGUGGUAGGUCUGAAGGGAAUGGCCUCCAGUUGUGCUAAGGGAUGUUCAGGUUUGGAUAUUAACAAAAAUUUCCUCUCCUUAAGAGUUGUCAUGUUCUGGAAUGGGCUGCCCAGGGACGUGAUGGAGUCACUGUCCCUGAAGGUGUUAAAAAAUUGUUUAUAUGUGGUACUGAAGUACAUGAUCUAGUGGGGAAGUGGUGGUGUUGGUAGUAGGUGGAUGUUGGACUAGAUGAUCCUGAAGGUCUU